UUGCUGACGUGUGAGCCGAGGUUUGGAUUUUGGUCCAAAACCCACGUCUCCUCUUUGAAAAGUCUCCUACUUUGAACCUCACCUCCAACCAAACUCCCGACUCUCAUCCCAUUUCAUGAAUCCUCCUGAAGAAAAAAAGCCUUAACUUGCUUAAUCAAAUAUCAAAUAGUUUCUCUCUCAAACGAAAAAAUAUCAAAUAGGUUGCAGAGACAACUGAGAGAGAUCGAGAAAGAGUGUGCGCGCGGCAAGAAGGGAAGAAAAUGGCGUACGUGGACCACGCGUUCUCGAUAACUGACGACGACAUAAUGAUGGAGACCUCGUAUACGGUGAAUAACAGGCCUCCCAUCAAGGAGAUCGCUCUCGCCGUCUCCCUCCUCGUCUUCGGUGCCGUCGGCAUCAUCGUCGGCCUCAUCAUGGCCUUCAACCACGUCGGCGGCGAUCGUGCUCACGGGCUCUUCUUCGCAAUACUGGGGUCGAUCUUGUUCAUUCCAGGGUUUUACUAUACACGAAUUGCAUACUAUGCUUAUAAGGGAUACAAAGGCUUCUCUUUCUCCAACAUACCUGCUGUAUAAUGCGCCAAAGCUGAAAGUUCAAGCACGACUCCUGCUCUUGUACAGACCUUUCCUCGAAUUUACUUAAAAAUAAAAAAUAAAAAAAUAAAAAUACUGUGCAAUAGCUGCUAAUAGUUCUGAACAAAGGGACAUUUUUUAGUUUCUUAUCGCAAUGUUGUUGAAUUGAAUUUUGCCAAUCUUGUGACCUGUGAAAUUUAUGAUUUUUUCUAUUUUGUAUUUGUACCUGCUGUUGUCUCUUUGAUCCGGUAACUUGAGAUCAUUGCUCCUGUCACGUGCAGUUUUCCUUUUAUGUAUUUGCUUAUGGAAAAUCCAGGAAAGGGAAAGCCAUUGAUUUUUGAAGUAUGUAGAUUGUUUUCUGGUGCAGAGGUAGCUAUGUUUACUAGAAUAAUUGCUAGUGAAAUUAUGCUUAUGCUAAAGGAUGUAAUCUAUCUUAAAUAUUCCAAACAAUGUUUUGCACAUUGUUGUGUAGGAUUACUCUUUGCCAGAUACUAUUGGCAGUGUCCCUGCAAUAUUUAUCGUCGACCUAUCAAAGCGUUGGAUUGAACUUGGUCCCCUCAAUUGUAUUUACACUGGCUCUCAUCUUCCGUCAAGAAAAGCUCAAAUGUUGGAGCAUCAACGGGCAGGCCAAGAUAUGGGGUCUAGCCCUGUCGGCUGCCGGAGCUCUGACUUUUGUGUUGUGGAAUGGGCCGGUUGUGCUAACCUCCAUGUUAUUCAACGUUCAAGUGAUCAGCGAUGGUAUCAUUGGCGGCAUAAUGAUAGUGGUUGGAGUGCUUUCAGCAAGCUUUUGGAACAUUGUAGUGGUCAGAAAAACGGCUCUGCAAAUUGAAGAUCCAAUUUAAGCACAAGCAAAGCUUGUUUAAUUGUUGAUUUAGUCGUGUAAUCUAUGCAGGGACAUGUCACUCGGUUAUACCCAGCAGAACUAUCCUUAACCGCCAUGAUGAGCUUAUUCGGUACGAUCCAAGCUGCCAUUGUCGCUGCAUUUGUUUCAUCAAGUUCAUCUUGGAAGCUAAAAUGGGAAGGAGGACUUGUCUUGAUUACCAUAUUUGAUAUUACUAGGAGGAGUUGUGGUGACAGGAUUAUCGUAUUAUGUAAGGACAUGGUCCAUUAAGAAGAGGGGACCUGUAUUCACAACGGCUUUUAACCCACUUCUGGUCGUUUUAUCGUUUCUUCUGCAGACAUUUGUCUUGGGAAAUUCUGCACAUUUGGGCAAGUAUGUACAUGUGUAUAUAUAAUUUAUUGUCUCAUACGUUCUUUUC